CCCUGCCUCUGCCGCCGGCCCGGGGGCCGCAGGUCCGGCGUCCUCCCCGCCGCCCGCAGGCCCCGGACCCGGGCCUGCUCUGCCCGCCGUGCGCCUCAGCCUCGUGCGCCUCGGGGAGCCCGACGGCUCUGGGUCGGGAGAGCCGCCUGCCACGCCCGCCGGGCUGGGUGCAGGGGGAGACCGCGUCUGCUUCAACUUGGGCCGCGAGCUCUAUUUCUACCCGGGCUGCUGCCGCCGCGGAAGCCAACGGUCCAUUGACCUCAACAAGCCAAUUGACAAGCGGAUCUACAAGGGCACCCAGCCCACCUGCCACGACUUCAACCAGUUCACUGCUGCCACAGAGACCAUCUCCCUGCUGGUGGGCUUCUCGGCCGGCCAGGUGCAGUACCUGGAUCUCAUCAAGAAGGACACCAGCAAGCUAUUCAACGAGGAGCGGCUGAUCGACAAGACCAAGGUGACGUACCUGAAGUGGCUCCCUGAGUCGGAGAGCCUGUUCCUGGCGUCCCACGCCAGCGGCCACCUGUACUUGUACAACGUCAGUCACCCGUGCGCCUCGGCCCCACCCCAGUACAGCCUGCUGAAGCAAGGCGAGGGCUUCGCUGUCUACGCUGCCAAGAGCAAGGCGCCCCGCAACCCGCUGGCCAAGUGGGCGGUGGGCGAGGGCCCCCUCAACGAGUUCGCCUUCUCGCCCGACGGCCGGCACCUGGCCUGCGUCAGUCAGGACGGCUGCCUGCGCGUCUUCCACUUCGACUCCAUGCUGCUGCGCGGCCUCAUGAAGAGCUACUUUGGGGGCCUGCUGUGUGUGUGCUGGAGCCCCGAUGGCCGCUACGUGGUGACGGGGGGCGAGGAUGACCUGGUCACUGUGUGGUCCUUCACCGAGGGCCGUGUGGUGGCCCGGGGUCACGGCCACAAAUCCUGGGUCAAUGCCGUGGCCUUUGACCCCUACACCACACGGGCCGAGGAGGCUGCGGCAGCCAGUGGUGAUGGGGAGCGGAGCGGCGAGGAGGAGGAGGAACCAGAGGCUGCAGGCUCCGGCCCCAGCUCUGGCAGGGGCGUCCCACUGUCACCGCUGCCCAAGGCGGGCUCCAUCACCUACCGCUUCGGCUCGGCGGGCCAGUUCUGCCUGUGGGAUCUGACUGAAGACGUGCUCUACCCACACCCACCCCUGGCCCGCACGCGCACCCUCCCCGGCACGCCCGGCACCACACCACCAGCCACCAGCAGCUCUCGGGGUGGUGAGGCUGUCCCGGGCCCCCUCCCCCGCUCGCUGUCCCGCUCCAACAGCCUCCCACACCCUGCGGGCGGUGGCAAGGCUGGUGGCCCCGGCGUGGCAGCAGAGCCAGGCACCCCGUUCAGCAUUGGCCGCUUUGCCACGCUCACACUGCAGGAGCGGCGGGACCGCGGGGCCGAGAAGGAGCACAAGCGCUACCACAGCCUGGGCAACAUCAGCCGGGGCGGGGGUGGCAGUGGGGACAAGCCCAGCGGUCCAGCCCCCCGCAGCCGCCUGGACCCCGCCAAGGUGCUGGGCACCGCGCUGUGCCCGCGCAUCCAUGAGGUGCCACUGCUGGAACCCCUCGUGUGCAAGAAGAUCGCCCAGGAGCGGCUGACCGUCCUCCUCUUCCUGGAGGACUGCAUCAUCACCGCCUGCCAGGAGGGCCUCAUCUGCACCUGGGCUCGGCCGGGCAAGGCGUUCACAGACGAGGAGACCGAGGCCCAGGCAGGGGAAGGAAGUUGGCCCAGGUCACCCAGCAAGUCAGUGGUAGAGGGCAUCUCCUCCCAACCAGGCAACUCCCCGAGCGGCACAGUGGUGUGAAGCCAUGGAUGUUGGGGUCCCCCACCCCCUGCCUGUCUCCUAGCCAUAACUCCCUGCUGACCUCAUGGAUCAACGUAUUAACAAGACUAACCAUGACGGACGGGCUGCUCCAGUCCCCCAUCCUGCACACAUUUUGGGGGUCCCUCAGCCUGGCCCAGACACUGGGGGGUGUAGUGGUCCUGUGGCCUCAGCCUUGUCCCCACCCACUGCCAAGUACAAUGACCCCUUUCUCAGAAACAUCAGUGUUACCCUAACCCUGUCCCCAGCAUGUGACUGGUCACUCCUAGGGGAGCAGCUCCCCACCCACAGAGCCCCAGCCUUGCAGCCCCUCAGUUGGGAGAGUGGGAGUGUCCCCACCUGCCCCCCCUUGCUAUUGUCUGUGCUGUCGAAGAGUGUUAAGUUAUGGACAUCCCUCGGGGCCUGCCCUGUUCCCCAGGACCUCUUAUUUAUACUAAAAUUCCCUGUUUUCA